AUGGCACAAACUGGACUUAUGAUUUUUCUACUCAUAAGCAUACUACUGCUGGAUCAGACCAUCAGCCAGGCUUCCAAAUUCAAAGCCAGGAAGCACAGCAAACGUAGAGUGAAAGAAAAAGAUGACCUAAAGACCCAGAUUGACAAAUUGUGGCGAGAAGUAAAUGCUUUGAAAGAAAUGCAAGCACUUCAGACAGUCUGUCUUCGUGGGACAAAGGCCCAUAAGAAGUGCUAUCUCAUAUCAGAAGGUACCAAACAUUUUCAUGAAGCCAACGAAGACUGCAUAGCCAAGGGAGGAACACUGGCUAUCCCAAGGAAUAACGAUGAAACAAACACUCUUCGAGAUUAUGGCAAGAAAAGUAUGCCUAGAGUAUCUGAGUUUUGGUUGGGUGUCAAUGACAUGAUAAAUGAAGGGAAAUUUGUUGAUGUCAAUGGCAUGGCUCUACAGUACUUCAAUUGGGAUCAUGCCCAACCAAAUGGGGGGAAGCGCAAAAACUGUGUCUUCUUUUCUCAGUCAUCACAAGGCAAGUGGGUGGAUGAAGUCUGCCGUACUGCCAAGAGAUACAUUUGUGAAUUUCUGAUCCCAUAA